AUGCCAUCCAAGUCCAAAAGUGUCCCGAGAAAGCAACCUCGCUGGACGGAGGAGGAGAGAUCUCGUCUCUGGGAUCUGCGGAGCCAAAAGCUUUAUCUGAGCUGGGAUAAGUUUCACAGGCUCUACUUUCCAGAUCGUUCCAUGAAUGCUACUGUCAAAGCCUAUUCUGAUAUGAAGUUGGCAAAAGAAAAGUCUGAAACACCAAGAACGAGCUCUACGAAGCCGCCCAAAACAAUGAAGCGUCCACUCACUGAGGAAGGAUCAGCCAAGCCUCGUGUUCCUAAGAAGCAGAAGGCAGAUAUAAACGAUGGACCAGACUCCAUUGACGUUGACAGUGACAGUGACAGUGGCGAGUCCACUGGAGGAGACCUUGGAACAGAUGGAAAACAAUUAUCUGACGAUGUUCGUCAACUCCCUCAGACAUCGAUGAGGAAUAGUAGCCAGUCAGCUGCAACUACAAGUCGAACGCCACUGGCCUCGCGAAACAGGGCAUCAAGACGGGAGGGCAAUGAGACCCCAACGGCCAAGCAUCCUGGGAAUACAGCCUUCAAAGCAGUAAACCAAACUGGUGCACCUCGGCCAAUUGUUGCACCAGCUCCUAGCCCAAAACUAGCGAAUGGACCACUGCCCAAGAAAAUUGAUAACCCAACGUCGAAUACUAUGCGAUCAAAUAGACUACAAUCAUCUGCUGAGACUUUGGUGUCAAAAAAGACUGAUGAGACAACCAGUCUGAUGCACAAAACGAAAUCAGCUCCGAAAAAGGUUGAUAACGCCGUACCAAGUCCUGCCAACAAGAGCAAAAUUACCCCAUUCAAUAAAACUACAGCUUCUGGGCAAAAGUCUGUGGAAGUAUCAAGCUCAGCUCCGCCUGAGACGAUUUUUAAAGCAGGCGAAUCUAAAACGCCUGUUCAGCGUCCGAAUCAGCCAAAAAUACCUGCAACUGCACCCGCAUCUCAACAGAAUAAUAUCCCACCAAUUUCGGGACAGGGAGAUAUACGUACAGCACUACCGACAUAUGAGGAGCCUGAUCUCUCGGAAUCAAGCCCAGCUCAUCAAAACAAAUCAAUUCCACCUGUUACAGCCAUAGAGUCUAGACAAAGCUCUGCAGAAACUACUUCUACAGCGCAGAACAGUAUUCGGCAGAACAGAUCUGAGCCACCUGCACCAGCUACAAAGCAGAAUGGUUUACCAUCAACAGUGGCACAGGUAACUGGACGUGCGUCAUCUGCUACGGUUCCAGCAUCCAAAGACUGUCCAGCACCAGGCUCAGGCCGCGAAUUUAGGUCUUUUCCAAUUUCAGCAUUCCAAUCUCAGGGAAGGUUCGCGGAAGCUUCCACUCCGAUACAAAUAAAUGGGGAACCACCAUCUGCACCACCAUCUGCACCGUUAACUGCACCAGCUUCCAAGCAGGUUGAUGCUCCGGUAUCUACUAUGAAAAUGACUGGACCCGUACCAUUUACUGGCAUGCCUAUACCCAAACUGGACGACAUGCCAAAGCUAGUCCCGGAAAACAUGCCUUUCCCAUCUAAGGAGCAGCCCUUGGGUGGAUUUACUCCAGAGUCUUGGGAAUGGGCGGGAAAUUGCCUUUCUUGGUCUGCUAAUUCUCAAUUUUGGAUAGCGGGCAUGCUUCAUCAAGGACGGAAUGCCUUGGAAGAGAACCAGAACCUCCGCAGAGAGAUCUGGGAGAAUAAAGAAUAUCAUCGUUUCGCAGAAGAUGGGUUGCGUAAGAAACAUGAAGCAGAUAUCAAUCACCUCCGAGAGCAGCUUAACCAGAGAAAAGAGCUGGACCUCUUAGUGGAGCAUCUCAAGACACAAAAUAAGCAACAAGAGGAACGUGUCAAAGCUCUCCAAUCGGAGUUGACCGAGUCUAUCAAGGCCAACGAAACUCUCAAGCAAGAGAUGACAAAGAAAACUCAACUCAAGUGUGAAGAAUGUCCCACAAAGAGCGAGCAGAUCAAGUUCAAAGACGAACAAAUUCAAUAUUUCUUAGACCUUGACAGAUCCUUUGCCGAAAGCCGAAAAAAGGCAUUCGAGAGGAUGUCAUUGCAGGCUCUCUCUCCUACGCCUCCAACAUCCGCAUCUGGAACGAUGUGA